AUGACUAAUCAAACUUCUAGUCCAACACCACAACAGGAGAUCUAUGACUUGAUCAUCAAGUUUGUUAUGGACUCUGUAUCGGGUACUGUAUCUGGUCUGUGCCGAGUGAUGGGUCAUAAGGCGAUCAAGACAGAGAAGUUCUCAAACAUUGUCCUUGGAGCAGUUGCCAGGUACUUCAACGAGAUUGCUCAUUCAAUAGAGUCAAGAGACGAUGAUUAUGUCAAUGAAUGCUUUGACAAAAUGUCAAGUAUCAAUCUACAUAAUGGACCGAUGCACCCAAUAGACAUCCUGCUCCUUGUUGGCAACCUUUCAUUCCAACUGAUAAACUCAAUGCAUCUGGAGCAGAUGAUCAUUGGAGGCACAAACACAGACCCAGAAGCAGCACAUCAAUGUCGCAUGAACCUCUAUCGAGUUCACAUGCGCUCGGUGCUCACAGACUUUUCCAAAGAGUUGGUCACUAAGCUCAAAGGAUGUGAUUCCAAACACGAACACGAGCCUCUCCAGCCAGGCGAAGACUUGUUUACUCUUACUCACGAGUAA